GGCAGGCCUGAGCAGAUCAAGGUGAAGGCACCAACUUUAUUCUCUGUUUCUUCACUCUGUUCCCAAGGGACUCUGAAGACCCAGCUGCUGCUCCAGUCACAUCAUAGGCAGCAGGGUCUCAGGACGGACCAUGGUAAAGGGAGCAACCAGCAAGAGCAAUCAUUCCCUGAAUCGGAGCCUUUUACUUCUGCUGAGCUAUCUGGGGAAAACACUGGCAGAUGGUACAGACUCUCUAAGUUGCAACAUCACUGUUGAGUAUCGUACUCUACGUGGACAGUGCUCAGUGAAUGGAGAGCUUCUCCUUCAUUUUGGUGGUGAAAAACAUAAGAGAAAUGCCACUAAGCUGUGUCCUCAUUUGUCCCAAAGCCUGAGAGAUAUUUCAGAAGGGAUGUGGGACCUGCAAUCAGGUAAUGGUACCUUACAUGUCACCAUAAAAUCUCAAUAUGAUCAAGGAAAAUUCAUUGAAGGAUGUUUGACCAUCAGCACUGAUGAACACAAUUGCCUCAACUAUUAUCAAUUAAAUAUGAGCCAGGGAAGGAUUCAUUCUAAUGCUAGUGGUGCCAUGGAGGAAUGGAAGAAUAACAAGAAACUAGAACAAGGUCUCAGGAAUGCCCUCAUGGGAGAUUUCAGUCGCUGCCUCAAGAAAUUGUUGCCACACUCCAGAGAAAUGCCAAAAACAACUCUAAGGAUUUAUCUCACCUUCCCCAUGACUUCUGAAGAGGCCACCUAA